AUGUCCGACUUCAGUACAAAGUGUGUCCAAGCAGGUCAAGAAAAUGCAGAAAGUUCUGCAAAUGCUAGAGCCGUCCCUAUUUAUGCAACUUCCUCUUAUGUCUUCAGAGACUCGAAACAUGGAGCAGAUCUUUUCGGUUUAAGAGAACCAGGUUACAUUUAUUCAAGAAUUAUGAAUCCAACUCACGAUAUAUUUGAAAAGAGAAUGGCAGCACUUGAAAACGGUUCAAUGGCAGUUGCCACUUCCUCUGGUCAGGCUGCGCAAAUGCUAGCGGUUUUAGCUGCUGCCCAAACUGGUGACGAGAUUGUUUCUACCUCUUACUUGUAUGGUGGUACUUAUAAUGCAUUCAAAAACUUUAAGAAGUUGUUUGGUAUUAAUGUUAAAUUUGCUAACGGUGACGAUCUUGAGUCUAUCAAAUCUUUGAUUAAUGACAAUACCAAAGCUGUCUAUCUAGAAUCUAUUGGUAAUCCAAAGUACAAUAUUCCAGACUUCAAGGAGAUUUGUGAUUAUGCACACUCUAAGGGUGCUUGUGUUAUUGUUGACAAUACCUUCGGUGCUGGGGGCUACUUCUGUAGACCAAUCGAUCAUGGUGCUGACGUUGUCACUCAUUCUGCUACCAAGUGGAUUGGUGGUCACGGUACUACAAUCGGUGGUGUUGUGAUUUUCAAAGACCCUGCUAAGGAUAAUGGCUUCAAGUUCAGUGAUUGGCCUGAAAAAUUCCCACAGUUCUCUAAGCCAUCAGAAGGUUACCAUGGUGCCAUCUUGAAUGAUAUGUUUGGUGAUUUUGCUUACAUUGCUUAUGUUAGAGUUGAAUUGCUGAGAGACUUGGGUCCUUGUCAAAACCCAUUUGGCUCUUUCUUAUUGUUACAAGGUUUAGAGACCCUGGCAUUAAGAGGUGAAAGACAUGGUGAAAAUGCGUUGAAAUUAGCACAAUGGUUAGAGAAGCACCCUCAGGUCUCUUGGGUUUCAUAUCCAGGUUUGGUAUCUCAUCCUUACCAUGAAAAUGCAAAGAAAUAUUUACAGAAUGGUUUCGGUGCCGUUUUGUCUUUUGGUAUUAAAGACAUUGAAAAUCCAACUGGUGAUCAAUUCAAAGAAGCAGGUCCUGUCUUUGUUGAUAACUUGAAGAUCUUCUCGAACUUAGCUAAUGUUGGUGACGCAAAGUCUUUAAUUAUUAACCCAUGGACUACCACCCACGAACAACUUUCCGACGAAGAAAAAAUCGCAGCCGGUGUCACUAAAGACUUGUUGAGAGUUUCCGUCGGUAUUGAAAACAUUGACGAUCUAAUUGCUGACUUUGAACAAGCAUUUGCAAAAUUAAAAUAA